AUGGCGCGUUUGGAUGGCGCGAGCAAACACGGAGACGGACACUCUCCCUGUGGCGCGCGGGCGGGCGAGGUGGCAUUCGAACUCCGCGACGUCCGGCCGUCUGUGCGCCUGCAGACGGGCUCAUCGAGUGGGGCACGCUUGGGAGAGAGGCAAGGUGCGACAAUCAGCCGCGAGUGCGACGACUGCCCGAGGACGCCGCUGCCGCGUGGUUUGCCAAUUGAGAUCCUGGAUCCCCGGCCCACGCAAUUAGCAAGCCGACUUGAACCCCGCACGGGUGCUGAGGCAUCUGCCCCCGAUCCUUCGCAGGCCCUCAGUUAG